UUUUUUUUCUCUGAUUCUCAGUUUUCUCAGUCAUUUUUCCUCCCCUUGAUUUUGCAGCAAAACUUUUUUUUAGGUUGUAACAUCCCGCCCCAACCUUAUUCUUUCGCGUGAAGAAAUAGGGAGAGCAACCUUACCCUCCCCGAUCUGAGACCAUUCCACACAUUGAAGGGCAGCCAGCAACAUAUGCUUUUUGUAAGAAUAAUUGAAAACAUCAACUAGACAGCACAGAAUUCUUUUGAAAGUCUGCCAGUUAUUUGAAGCAAAUUCAGCCAAGGAACAGAAUAAAACAUUCAAAACCUUAACCUUUCCAGUUGCCUUCUUAGGAUUUGGUCUCUAAUUUGAUUUUUACUUAUUCUGCUACAACCUUGAUUUCAUAAGUGGCUUUUUGUGUUUGACUAAAUCAGAUUUGAUUUUAUUUAGUGAGAACCUAAGUGCUAACAAAUAGACAUUCCACCAAAACAACCUGCUCUCUUUUCACAUUUGCCUCGAUUCUCUUCUACUCCUUAAACCAUCCAGUCAUAUUGUCCGAAAGAGGGUGCAGUUGAUUGCUAUCUUGCUUUCAGUAUGACGGCUGUCAAUGUGGCCUUAAUUCGCGAUACCAAGUGGCUGACAUUAGAAGUCUGUAGAGAAUUUCAGAGAGGAACUUGCUCUCGGGCUGACGCAGAGUGCAGGUUUGCCCAUCCGCCAAGAGUUUGCCAUGUGGAAAAUGGCCGUGUGGUGGCCUGUUUUGAUUCUCUAAAGGGUCGGUGCACUCGAGAGAACUGCAAGUACCUUCACCCACCUCCACACUUAAAAACGCAGCUGGAAAUUAAUGGGAGGAACAAUCUGAUUCAACAGAAGACUGCCGCAGCCAUGUUUGCCCAGCAGAUGCAGCUUAUGCUCCAAAAUGCUCAAAUGUCAUCUCUUACCAAUUUUCCUAUGAAUCCAUCACUUGCAGCUAAUCCUGCCAUGGCUUUCAGUCCUUACAUACCUCACCCUGGGAUGGGCCUGGUUCCUGCUGAGCUUUUACCAAAUGCACCAGUUCUGGUUUCUGGAAAUCCAUCCCUCGCAUUGCCAGGAAUUACUGCUCCCAAACCGAUUCGUACCGAUAAACUGGAGGUCUGCCGUGAAUUCCAGCGUGGAAACUGCACUCGUGGGGAGAGUGAUUGCCGCUAUGCUCAUCCUACAGACGUGUCCAUGAUUGAAGUGACUGACAACACUGUGACCGUCUGCAUGGAUUACAUUAAAGGCCGAUGCUCCCGGGAGAAAUGCAAGUACUUUCAUCCUCCUGCACACUUGCAGGCCAAGCUCAAGGCAGCUCAUCACCAGAUGAACCAUUCGGCUGGCACUGCCAUGGCUCUGCAGCCUGGUGCACUUCAACUGAUAUCAAAGAGAUCAGCCCUUGAAAAGACCAACAGUGCCACCCCGGUCUUUAAUCCCAGUGUUUUCCACUGCCAACAGGCUCUGGCUAACAUGCAGCUCCCACAGCCUACAUUCAUCCCUACAGGGCCAAUACUGUGCAUGGCACCCACUUCAACUUUUGUGCCCAUGAUGCACAGUGCCACACCUACUGCUGUGUCCGCAGCAACAACACCUGCUACCAGCGUUCCCUUCGUUCCAACAACUACAGGCAAUCAGUUGAAAUUCUGAGCAGCAGAGUUACGGAGUAUCAGAAUCUCUCCACGAGAACCUCCAUAUGGCCUUUCUAUAUAUAUUCUCAUAUGGCCUCUUCUACCAACACAACAAUAAGCCUGGUACAUUCAAUAUAUUAGUCAAAACAAACAUACCAGACAACAUAUUCAAGUAAAAACAAAGCAUUCGGAAUCAAUGGAAAUGUUAAAGCAAAUAGAAAUUCACUAUGAGUUACCUUAUAGAAAUAUUGACCUUAUAGGAAUUAUCAUGUAGAACAUAAAUCAUGCAAUUUUGUGAUUUAUCAGAUCCAUCUUAUAUGAAUUAUUAGACUGAACAUAACCAUAAAAUUUUGAGAUUUUUUUUCCAAUAACCAUUAUGCUAACUGAAUUUCCACAAUGUACUGUAGGCUUACUGUACAUUCUUGGUAGAUAAAUGUCUGUUUUUGAAGUGUUACUUUACUAUUUUGUUUACAGGAUAGACCAUUGGGUUGAUUUAGAAUGUACCAUAUCCAGUACCAUUUUCCUCAUUGUUGUAUUGUAUUGUAUUAGCUUGUGUUCUGUUUAGUUUUGACAUGCUAUAAUGUUUUCCUGUAUAUGUGUGGUGUUUGAUUUCAACUACAAUGUCAUUAGUGGGGAAAAGAAGUAUAUGUGCUUAACAAACAUGACAGGUUCAUGUUAACAUGCACUCUUUAAAAUGUUUCUGUAAGUUUCUUACAGCCUACAUACAUCUAAAAGGCCUCACUUUUGAAUGUGCACAAAACCUGCUCAGAAACAUGCAUGUUUAUUGUUUUAACUUGUAGUUCUGAUCUUGAAUAAUCAAUAAUGUUACUAAAUUUUUGCAAGAGAAAAGUAAUGACUUAUACAAGGUAGGGAACUUCUUAAAACAUAAUCUCUAAUCACUCCUCUUAAAUAACUUGAAAAACAGGUAUUCACUUUCUAAUGAAUUUCUCAGCCUUUAUGAAAUUAUGUAAAUUAUCCAUUCCAUUUGUGUGUGUGUGUGUGUCGCAGGAAUUCCUAUCUCCUAGGUUGAGUGUCUAAAAUUGAGCCAUUUGUUAUCCAUGUUCAGCUGAGGAACUGGUAGUUGGUAGCUAGCUUAAAGGUAUGCUAAUUGCAGGUUAUAAAGCAAGCAGAGAGAUAGGGGCAUAGAGAGAGUUUUUAUAUACUGGCAGAAAGUGUGUAAAACUAUUGCAAUGUAACCUUUUGCACAAGUGCCAUUUUCCAAAUGCAAAUUGCUUAUGCUCUUUAGAAUGGUUGAAUAAUAAGUAAGAUGCAGUCUAGCAAAAGUCAGUUAGGGUGAAAGAGAAUUGUUUCCAAAUGAGGCCUUUCCUCCCCAAAUGGGCAUACUUUCCUGUUGAUCACAGAGGGAGCCUGAGUACAGGUUUGGAGAAAUAGCAGGGGGUAAGGGGCAGGGAGUCAUUUAAAAUGACUGUUUGAUUUAUGCAAAGAACUAAGCAAGAUUCCCACAGUUGUCUUUCACUUCAUUUCAACUGUGUUUCCAAUUUGACUAAAUGCUUCUGUGAAGGAGCAAGCAUUCACAAUAUAUAGCAAGUGUUUCCCUGCCCAAACAUGAACCUGUAAAGUCUUUUAUCCCAUAACCAAACCUCCUUUUUGUUUGUUUGGAUUCAUUUACUUUAUAUGUGUUUUAAAAAUUAUAAUAGGUUUUUGGUUAGUAUAUGGGAUACCUAAUUCCAACAGAAGUGAUCUUAAUCACUGACCCUUAUGAAAUAAUAUUUUACUUGUGAAAUUAAUUGAUUCCUGUGGCCUAUAACAUCCCUCUCUCCACUCUGCUCAGUUAUUACUAUUAUUAUACAGUGGAGGAAAUGUGAUGUUUUACACCAACUUAAGUUGAUUUAAUAUUCUGUACUAAAUAUAUAUUCACUAAUUGAAAAGGAAAAAAUCAUCAAAUUAUAAAUAUAUGCAUAUAUGUAUAUAUAUAUAUAAAAACACACAAAUGUCAUUUUUUCUCAUUCAUCAAAUUUGCAAUCAAAGAAACUCAUUGGAACACCUUAAGCCAAGUGACAGGAUCACACUGCAGAGCAGUGGAGUUGGCAGACUUUUUCACAGUUGACAAAACCUACACAAGGCGGAAACCAAUUGUUCCUCCUUUUUGCAUCUUGAUUUGGAACAUUUGACAUUUGAGACUAUAUCAAACCACAUCAGAUCAACUCAGAAUAUCAGAGAACAAGAUUACCUCUGGUUGUUAGUAUCCUGUUAAGCUUUCAGUAUAAAUCCUGGUCAACUGUGACAUCUAACCUGUCUUGUUAAUAUUGUGCCACUAUCCUCUGCUAAGUGUUGGCCUGGAGUCAAAAAUCCAGUUGGCUUUUUAUCUGUGGGCUUUUUGGACCACUUAAUUUCUGAUUCUUAAAAUCUUGGCAUUGCUACCGAGGAAAGUAGAAUAUGCCUUUUUGAAAUGUCUUGUGUAUGGAACUGAGUUUUGCUAGUCAGUGCCUGUGUGUCUCCAGAAAGACAGAUCUGAUUACAUAUAUCCAGGAGCAAUGCGCCUGCGCUAGUCUGGAUGUCAUUCUUAAUGGAUAUGGCAGUGUUUUGUACAAAAUUAACCUGAUUUUGUAGUUUGACAUUUUGAUGCAGUGUACUGUCUCAUAAUCUUUUUUAACUUUUGGCUAAGAUAUACAUAGACCAUAAACCUAAAUCACAGCUGCCCCCAUGUUGCUCUAAGCACUGGAAGAUAUUAAAAUGACUUAUUUUUAGGAAGAGACACAGUGAGGGACAUUCAGGGUAGUUGUACUGUUUAGUGCCACGAUUGUCUAUAUUGUUGGCAUUCUAAAAGUUGCUAUAUAAAUGGAUUUAAAGAAAGCAAGCUCAAAGCCCUAAAGUUUUGAUCAAAUUCAACAGAGUUUUGAGGAAAAUGCAAGUUUGAAAUAGCACUCUUUAAACGAGUUGUGCAAUGACUUAUUCAGAUUAUCUUAUUGAAGAAGACAAGAUUGAGUGAUAAGUCAUUCGACUAUAAAUUUCCAUUUUAAGAGACAAGUCACAAAGUUAAUCAGUGACUCUAAACAAAAAUUUACUAGAUCAUUUGUAAAUAAAAAAAUUCUAAUCACUUGUGAUUCAUAGUGAGCAUUUUAUAAUCUUUGUAUUUUACAAUGGCCUCUAUUUUUAUUUAUCCAAAAUUACUUUUUAUCCAUUUUCUUAGCCAUUCGCAAACCUCUCAAGACUCCUAAAAUUUGGAUAAAGUGAGUCAUAUAUAUAGAAAAGCAGUCUAAAGUUAUCUUUUAAGAGGGUUUUAGUAGAUUCAAUUUUUACAAAUACCACUAUGUAACCAGAACAAGUAUAUUUUAAAUAGGGUUUAAAAUUAAAUUAAAAUAAAUGGAUUCAUAAAAUUGCUAUUUAAAUACAGCAUUUACUUUUGCGAUUGGAGCAUGAUUCUAUAACCAGCUGUUGCAUUUGAUUUCACUUUUCUAGAUUAAUCUUUAAUUUGUAGCUAAUCAUGAAAGCCAUCUUGUCCCUAUGCCAUCAAUCUUCAUCCAUUCUGGAACAUGCUAAAGCACUUUGAUCUUGCCAUGAGUGUUGUCCCACACCACUAGGCUGUGUCCACUAAUGGGAACCUUCAGCUCACUUCCUCUCCAGUUUGGGAAAAAGCCAAUUCUCCCUCUGCUGUCAGCAGGAACAAAUGAAAUUAGUCUUUUCAACUUGAAUUGGCAUUUAAUGGCAUGACCGAUAAUCAUAGUGAUGUCUGAAGACCAGACACCAUUUACAUUGCAUUUUAUAAAAUGAGCAAGAAAGCUCUUGUGCUAUUCGGAAUGUUAUUUACUAACCUCGCCCUUGGAGAGUGUUGAUGAGAAUGCACUUAGCUAGAACACAGCCCACAUUUUCUGAGAUCUUUUCAUCUGGAGGAUAGGCUGUGGUGCACAGACUGGUAAGAAACUGCAGUUACCAUUCAAUUUCUUUUCUUUUUUUUUUUUGUACAUUUCACUGAACACUGAAAUCAAAAUAAGUCAUUUCUUAGGGAAAUCUGAUUUCCUCAUUCUGAUUAAUAGAUUUAGUAUGAUCGUGGCCUCAUUUUACCAGUGCCUGUCAACGGUAAUAGAAAAAUCACAUCAAAAAGUGUGUAGCAUUUUUUGCAAGUUGAGUUGAUAGCCUAAUCAAACUGUAAAUAAAACUACAAAUACUGAUUCUGGGCACCAACUCAUUAACUGGUGCCAUGUUUCCAUUUUUUCUUAUUGCCACUUUUUAAGGUUUUUACUUUAUUACUUUUAUAUAUAAUUUUGAAGGACAGUUAGAGAAUGUUUAAGUUUUUAUUAAAUAUAUUCAGAACAUCUAGAUAGGUUGUAAACUGACACUCUAGCAAAAAAGAUAUAGACUUCAGCUCAUAAUACACUCGAUAACUCACAGUUUAAGAACAAAUUUAACUUUAUACGCAAACAAUAAUUGUCAACCAAUUAUAUUUAGUUGUUGCUUUGGCAACAGAACUACAACAUGGCUACCUUUAGAAGUGAAUGUGUGUGAAAGUGACAGUAUGAGCAAAUCACAUAUACAGCUCAAAACUCAGAAAACAUGACUUUUUGGAGCCCUAAGUUCCAUGUGAAAGUUGAAUUUGUGUCCUCUGGCGACUUUUUGGUUUACAACAUUGGAUUCUAAGAGUUAGGCUUUCUAGGUUAUAGAAUUUGUUGUGUGGAUAGGGCUAUUCCACAGUAUUUUGAGGUCAAAACACAACCAUUACAUAUGUGAAAUAUUACCUGAUGCUUUUUCAUAACUUUAUUCAAAAUGACCUAUUCAUGUGGUAUCUAUAUCUGCAAAAAAAUAUCCUGUUUUGGAAUUACAUUCACAAGUCUAUGUGAGGAUUGAAGCAUAGCUAAACAUUUUGAAAGGAAUUUAUAUUUAUGAAAUCAUGCAUAAGGAUACCAUGGCAUGCCCCCUAUCAGUGCUUAAAGAGACAUACGCUGCAGUUAUCUGAUUGUCUCAGUUAGGGUGCGAAUGUGUGAGACACACCUUUUUUGCACUUAUGUACAUAGUCCAUGAAAGCAAUCCUUGAAGCUUUUUUUUUUUAAAUAGAAGAAGUCUGUGAUGAUAGUGGAAACGUUAGUAAGAGCGAUUUCUGUGGCUUUGAAGGAAGAUAGGGUACUGUGUUGCUAUAAGACUUAACCAAAGCAAAGUAGCAACCGUUUGAAAGAUGUCUUUUGCCUGUUCAGUGUGUCCAGUAUAAGAAAACAUGCUCCUGGCACUACUGUAGACAUGGCUUUACUUGUUUUCUACCAGUUUAGAGGAGGCUGUCCUCUAACCUCCCUUUACCAGGUUACGACUUCAGCCUCCCCGUGUUUUGUUUGAACUAAGCAGAAGAGAAGAGAACCAGCCACCAAACACUCACCUAACCUUAUAGCUCAAAGAGAAUGUCCACUCCACACCUAGAGAUAGCCAUGGAAUUUUCUUGUGGCCCCCAGGCAAGGAAGCCUAGCAAAAGGUGGAAAUUGGGAAGAUGAAGGGAUGGAUCACCAUUGGUACUUUGAUUCCUUCCAUCCUUUGAGGUUUGUGGCUCUUGCCCUGAAAAAAAAAAAAAAGAGCUCAUCCCGGGGCUAGGGUAGUUGGUAAUGGGUUACUGCUACCCACUUACUAGCUCUCACAGAGAUGAAAAAUAGGCCUGCUACUACAGUUCAGUGGUAGAGCACUUGCCUAGAUGAAUGAGGUUCUGGGUCCCAUCCCCAGCACUGCAAAAGGAAAAGGAAAAGAAAGAGAGUGAAAGACAGAUCGAAUAAUAAACCAAAGCCAGAAAGCAAUCCAAGCCUUAUGGUUACCCAUUAGCUCAGGGCCAGUUGGCUAGAAAUUUCUUUUCUGUUCCCUCCACUUAUAAUCUCUUAGAGUCAGCAUGUGACAAACAGAUUUACAACCUAAGAAGCAUUUCCACUUAUAUAAAAUGUAAAUUUUCAUUCAUCUUAUAAUUAGGAAUGCCCAACCUAAUUAUACAUUUUAACCAAUAUUUUUAUGUUAUUAUUUCCUUAGGAAUCUGUAAGCCACAAAAAUAUUUUCAUAGGGUCAAUAGAGAUGAGAAUUUUGUGAAUAUAUGGUGCUGGGGAUGGAGCCCAGGGCCUUGUACAUGCUAGGCAAGUGUUUUACCACUUAGCUACGUCCCCAGCCCAGAUAAGAUAGUAAGUUAAGAAGAACUAAUUCUAAAAUAGUAGGAAAAGAGUAAGAAUGACCCUUGAAACAUCACAAAAGAUGCCCAAUGAAUUUAUGGCAUGAAAUGAAUGCCUUAUAGCCACAUGGUCACACUUUGAAGUUUAAGUGUAGUGCCUAUGUUUAAAUCAGUAAAACAAAUGAGAGAAUUAACUAUAACAAAUAUAUGUAACUGAAACAAAUAAAUAAAAACGAUCUCUGUUAGGAUUCAGUUUACCCAAUUAAUAAUUUCCAACCCAUCUACUUGUCUCAGAGAAAUUUUGUUUCUAUAGAACCCAUCCAGUUAUAGUAUAGCUAAAGUUAAAAAUGUAUUACUCUGAAAUAAGUUUCCACUCUUUGCAGACCUUGCAAAAGUCCUCACUAGUCACCUUCUACUUCAAGUUACUUUUGAAAUACCUCUGUAAUAACUAAAAGAAACCCAACUAGUAAGUGGGCUUUUUUCUCCCAAACAUACAAUCUUAACAUGUAUAUGUCAUCAAACUGCAUGGUUCAAAAGCUUUAUUUCUGUGUACAGAUGGUAUUUGUUAAUGAUGGAAACCAAAUUAUUUUGUUGCUAUGUUUUUUUGUGUCUAGCAGUUGAGGGAAUGAUAUGGUUCUCAUUUCAUUAGACUCUGGGGAUGCCCUUUUCAAGAUAAGUUUGCUUUCAUUAUUGAAGUUGUUGAUUUCAUUAUUGGAAAAUGAACCGUUUGCUCCCAUGCUCCCAAAUUACAAUGAUCUAAAUUAGGUCUUUUUUCCACAAGGGGUCUCACUAUGUUGCUCAAAGUAAUCCAGAACUCAUAGCCUUAAAAUCCUCCUACCUUACGCUCCCAAGUAGCUGGGUCUAAAGAUGUAUGCCACCAUGUCCAACUACAAAUUAGGACUUUUUAUUAGAAUAUGCUGUUUAUACAAACUAAUGCAUUUCUUUGUGACAUUUUCAUAAAUGUGCUUUGGUCAUAUCCCUCUAUUGUUCUAUCUUGCCCCCUUUCAUUGGUCUCCUUGCAUUUCCAAUUUACAUUCCUCAUAUUAGGGAAAGAAAGUGCGAUUUGUAUAACUGAUUCUGGCUUCUUUCUGUUAACAUGAUGAUGUAGGGCAUCUCAAAAUAUACUUUUUUAAAAAAGACAUAACUUCAUGCAUUCAUGUAACAGCAAUGUGGAAUGUAGAAAAUGGAAACAUUUGUCUUGGAGAGAAAAAAAUGGGUAUUUCAAAAUGCCUAUAAGAAAAUUAUUAGUCCCAUGAAACAAUUAUGGAUUUACAUGAUGAUCAAGAUAUAGAAAUACUACUUUCCCAUCUAAAUAUAGUAAUGCAUUCCCUCAACUGCAGAUGAUUUAACCUUUUUCAAGUUAUAGUGCUGUAGUGCCUGGUUGUGUUUAGAAGUCUGCAUUAUGUAACUCAUUUUAGUAUACUACUCUUAUGUUUAUUUUUUGUUCUUUUAAUAAAGUUUAGAAAUUCC